AUGGCUGUCUCAGCCCCCGUCAGCACUGUUUAUGUGCAGAACCUCGAAGAACGCGUCAAGCCCGACACGCUGGUUGAGUCUCUCCGCGCACUCUUCUCCGAGUUUGGAAAUGUAGUAGACGUUGUGGCAAAGCAAAACCUCAAGGCCAAGGGCCAGGCUUUCGUGGUCUUUGACAACGCGCAAAGCGCACAGGAUGCCGUCGAGGAGAUUCAGGGCUUCGAUUUGUUUGACAAACCCAUGAAAGUAGCCAUGGCCCGGACGCGGAGUGACAAGACUGUAGAGCUCAAUGGCAGCGCAGAGGAAGUGGAGUCACACAAGCGCCAUCGUCAAGCUGAGAAAGAUAAGAAGAAGGCAGCUGAGGCCGCAGAGGAGAAGGGGAAUCUCAAACGUGGCGCUGGCGCCUCGGUGGACAACAGGCCCGCGAAAGCCGCCAAGGGCUCCGGACUCAAGUCAACCAGCGUCGCUACCUCAGCAGUGGUUCCCGACGAGUACCUCCCGCCCAACAAGAUUCUGUUCUUGCAAAAUCUACCGGAGGAGUACGAUGUCGAGGCGCUCUCCACUAUUUUUGGUCGUUUCGAUGGAUUCCGCGAGGUUCGCCUGGUUCCAAGCCGUCGUGGUAUUGCCUUUGUCGAAUAUGACGCUGAGCAAGGGGCUAUCAAUGCCAAGGAGAACACUGCUGGCAUGACACUGGGCGACAAGACUAUCAAGGUCACAUACCAGCGACAGUAG